UCACCCUUCACUCACACAGACACACACUACUUAUCACUUAUCAUCAUCACCAACAUCAUGCUUCUCCUUUGCUUUUACCCACAAAAUAAAAAGAGAAACAAACUUCAAAUUAAUUUUCUAACAUUAAUGUAAUGUUCCCACUUCCCACUCCACUUGCCAGCUUAGCUUUCACACUUUUUAUUCUUAUAAAGAAAAACAAAAAACAAAAAACAAAAACCAACUUCAUUGUUUCUUCUUUCUGUUGCUUUUCUCUUCUUCAACCUCUAAACUUCCUCUUAAAAAAAUAUUAAAAAAAGUGUUUAUAUCAUAUUCCUUUGGUUUCAAUUUCAUGACCUACUUACUACCAAACCUACUUGCCGUCAUCUGAUUCUUCUCCCAUCAAUCAGUUUUAUUUAUUAAAAAAAAAAAAAGAAUCUCGCUAUUCCACGCAUCAGUUCGAACUUAAAGAAGCGCGAAGCAAUGGUGAAAAAGUGAGAAAUUAAAGAAGAAGAAGAAGAAGAAGAAGAGCGAUGGUGGUUAGGAAAGUAGGGAAGUACGAGAUAGGGAGGACGAUUGGGGAAGGAACCUUCGCGAAGGUGAAGUUCGCUCAGAACACUGAGACCGGUGAGAGCGUCGCCAUGAAAGUUCUUGACCGCGCCACAAUCAUCAAGCACAGCAUGGUGGACCAGAUCAAGAGGGAGAUUUCUAUUAUGAAGCUAGUGAGGCAUCCCUAUGUUGUUCGCUUGCAUGAGGUUCUAGCAAGCAGAACGAAGAUUUAUAUCAUAUUGGAGUUCAUUACAGGUGGUGAAUUGUUCGAUAAAAUUAUACAUCAUGGACGUCUUAGCGAGACUGAAGCUAGAAGAUAUUUCCAACAGCUUAUUGAUGGCGUAGAUUAUUGCCACAGCAAGGGAGUCUAUCACAGAGAUUUGAAGCCAGAGAAUCUUUUACUUGAUUCACAAGGCAAUAUAAAAAUUUCAGAUUUUGGUUUAAGCGCAUUACCAGAACAGGGUGUGAGUCUCCUUCGGACAACUUGUGGCACUCCAAACUAUGUAGCCCCCGAGGUACUCAGUCACAAGGGUUACAAUGGUGCUGUGGCAGAUGUUUGGUCCUGUGGGGUUAUCCUCUAUGUCCUAUUGGCUGGAUACCUUCCCUUUGAUGAGCUUGAUCUAACCACCUUAUACAGUAAGAUUAAUAAAGCAGACUUUUCAUGCCCUUCUUGGUUUCCUGUAGGGGCAAAAUCAUUGAUAUGUAGAAUUUUGGACACAAAUCCUGAAACGCGUAUAACCAUAGAACAAAUAAGAAACGAUGAAUGGUUUCAGAGGGGCUACGUUCCAGUCAGCCUUCAGGAGCAUGAAGAUGUAAAUCUGGAUGACAUAAAUGCUGCUUUUGAUGAUGCCGAGGAAGAGAGAGAUAUUCGUCAAAGCCAUAAUGAGGACAUGGGUCCCUUAUUGCUUAAUGCAUUUGACUUGAUCAUUCUAUCUCAAGGCUUAAACCUUGCAUCAAUGUUUGACAAGGGACAGGGCGCUCUUAAGCAUCACACACGUUUUAUAUCUCAAAAGCCAGCAAAGGUGGUUUUAUCAAGUAUGGAAGUUGUGGCCCAAUCAAUGGGAUUUAAGACGCAUAUUCGCAACUUUAAGAUGAGAAUAGAGGGUGUCUCAGCAAAUAAAACAUCUUUUUUCUCGGUUAUUCUGGAGGUUUUUGAGGUGGCUCCCACAUUUUAUAUGGUGGACAUUCAGAAAGCAGCUGGAGAUGCUGGCGAAUAUCUCAAUUUUUACAAGAGUUUUUGCGGCAAUCUUGACGAUAUAAUCUGGAAACCUUAUAGAACAUCAACUUCUCUCACAAUUGAGAGUUAUAGUGUUAUAGAUUAUAUGUUUAUAUGUUUGUAG